AUGACUCAACUAAGCAUAGUACAUCUUGCUAAUGUUGUUUUGUAUUUAAACAGUACUACUGCAUUUCAAACUUUUAUUAAAGUUAAUUCUCGGUGUAAAGAAGCUGUGAAAAUGAUAAGAAUUAAUCCACCAAAAGUACUUUUAUAUGCACCAUUCUUAUUUAACAAUAUACCAAAUAUUAACACAAUAAAACUAGAUGCUCUUAAUGCACAAAGAACUUUUACUCAUCAAGAGUUAGAAAGGAUUUCAUGGAUUGACUCAUCAGAAGAUCUAUGCCAAAUAGAGUUUUUAAAUGAAUUUAUUUCACAGAAAAUAGUUUCACUAAAAAUUCAUUGUAAAGACAUUAAACAUCUUUAUAAAUUUAAAAAUAUUAGGAAAUUAAUUGUUGUUGAAUUAAAAUCUUUUGAUAAAAUGGAAUUUGCUGUACUUAAAAGUCAAAAUAAACUAGAAAAAAUAAUUCUUUAUUUUAAAAAGAUAAAUUGUAAAAUUGCAGAUUUUAUUUUACGAGAGAGUAGAUAUCUUAAAGCUCAUUUUAUUAUCAUCUAUGACAGUCCAAUUAAUUGCCAAUUGAUUGGAAAUUCUAAAGUUCAAUUUUAUCUAUAUAAUAAUUUAGUUCUACCAUCUCAAAAAAGUAGUAAAGAAGAUUUAAAAUUAAAAAGAGAAUUAACAAUAACUAAAAAUGAUAUUAAUCAAUUAAAAUUUGAAAAUUGUAUUGAUGGAAUUGACUUAACUUCUAUCAUUAAUUUAAAAAUUGAUUGUAAUGAAUUCUUAAUGACAAAAAUAAAUACUUCUGAGAUGAAUAAUUUAAAAGAUUUAAGCAUUCGUAUAUUUAAAAAAUCAAAGUUUAAUUUAUAUCUUUCAAAUUCUAUUCAAAACUUAUCAAUUGAUGCUGAAAAAAGUCAUGUCAAUAUUAUAGGAAUUGACAUAUGUAAUAACUUUCAAAAAGUAAGCCUUAAAUGUAGGAUUAAAACUAAUAUCCAAAACACUUCAGAUAACUCAAGUAUACUUAAAAUAAAAGCUAAAGAAUCAAUUAAUAUAAUUUGUCCAAAAUCAUUGUUACAGAUUAAAGUAAAAGUGUCAGAUUAUUGUAAUGUAUAUAUUGAUGCAUCUUUUACUUCUUUUAUUACUAGUUAUUCAUGGGCAUCUUCUAAUAUCACUUUGAUAAAUAAAUAUUGCGAUUCUAAUAUUUAUAUUUUAGAUACACUGAAAGGAAUAACACUUUGCUCUCCUAAUCAUUUAAUGACAAUGAAUGCAACAGAAAGUUGUUCCAAUAUUACUAUGAUUGGAAAUUUUGAUACUAUAACACUACCUGAUGAACUUCAAGAAUCUCAAUUCUAUUACAUAGACAAUAAAUUAACUAGUAGCACUCUUAAGAUGAUUUCACAAACUAAAAAAAUAGGAAUAAUCGAAAUCUCAACUUUCUUUUUUGAACAAGAACAUUUAACUUGUAGUAACUUUUUUGUUAAAACCAUGGCUCAUAAUUUUAAUACAAAAGAUAUUCAAUCAAUUUUAAGUACCUUUUCUAUCUACAUCCAUGAAAAACCUGAAGAUAUUCAAGUCAUUUAUGGUCCUAGUGAAGUUACUCUUAACCUUAGUUUUAUAAAACAAAAAGUCCAAUCCUUAUAUGAAAUUCCAUCAUUCCAAAAAAUUCAAGUCAAAGAACAUGAACUUGUUUUCUAUUUUCAUAAAUCAAAUCAACAAAUUAUUCAUUUAAUUAAUAAACAAAAUAAUCAUAUUGAAGAAAAACAUAUAAAGAAGUCUGUUAAAAAAUUCAAACCAAAUUAUAAAACUGAUGAAGACGAUGACUUGUAUGAAUACGAAGAUUCAGAAGAAGAGUUAACUAAAGAUAUGGAACAAUUCAUUUUUCAAGACAAAGAUAAUUAA